UAAUAUUUUUUUCUUUAAAGCUUUCCAUCAAUGCUUUUGACUAUAACUGUCACUUGGAUCUGAUAAAGCUGCUGCGCCAGGAGGGAGAGUUGGUAAAGCUCAGAAGAGCUCGUCAGAAGAUGAGUGAACUCUUUCCACUUACCGAAGAAAUUUGGCUGGACUGGCUGAAGGAUGAGAUAAAAAUGGCUUCUGAAAGCUCUGAGCGAGAAAAAGUUUAUGAGCUGUUUGAGAGGGCUGUGAAAGACUACAUCUGUCCUGAAAUUUGGUUGGAAUAUGCCCAGUAUUCAAUUGGUGGCAUUGGUCAGGAAGGAGGAAUUGAGAAAGUUCGCUCAAUAUUUGAGAGAGCACUAACUGCUGUUGGACUGCAUGUGACAAAAGGAACAGCUUUGUGGGAAGCGUACCGCGAGUUUGAGAACGCCAUACUGGAAACGGCACAGCCAGCUCCUGGCAGCGUUCCAUCGCCUGAGCAGCAGCAGAUGCUCUGCAGCCAGCUUGAGAAGAUCCACACGCUGUUCAGGCGCCAGCUGGGGAUCCCACUUUUAGAUAUGGAGGCUUCAUACGCUGAAUAUGAGGAAUGGUCAGAAGAUCCGAUACCAGAAACAAUAGUAAAGAAUUAUAAAAAAGCUCUACAGCAACUGGAGAAGUGUAAACCAUAUGAAGAGGCAUUGCUGGGUGCUGAAACACCAAAGCUAGCAGAAUAUCAAGCUUACAUUGAUUUUGAAAUGAAAGCAGGUGAUCCAGCUCGCAUUCAGUUGAUCUAUGAGAGGGCUUUGGCUGAGAACUGCCUUGUGCCAGAUCUUUGGGCACGCUACAAUCAGUAUUUGGACCGGCAGCUGAAAGUGAAAGAGUUGGUCUUGUCUGCUCACGACCGCGCUGUUAGGAACUGUCCCUGGACGGUUGGGCUGUGGAUUCGAUACCUUUUGGCGAUGGAGAGGCAUAGAGUUGACCACGGCGUUAUUUCUGAAAUGUUUGAAAAAGCUCUGAAUGCAGGUUUUAUUCAGGCAACGGACUACGUAGAAAUCUGGCAGGCGUAUCUUGAUUACCUGAGAAGGAGGGUGGAUUUUACACAAGACUCGAGUAAAGAACUAGAAGAGCUGCGGUCUGCCUUUGCACGUGCUGUGGAGUACUUGAAACAAGAAGUAGAAGAGCGAUUCAGUGAAAGCGGGGAUCCAUCCUGCACCAUCAUGCAGAACUGGGCAAGAGUUGAGGCCCGCUUAUGCAACAACAUGCAGAAAGCCAGAGAACUCUGGGACAACAUCAUGACUAAAGGGAACGCCAAAUACGCGAACAUGUGGCUGGAGUAUUAUAACCUGGAGAGAGCUCACGGUGAUACCCAGCACUGCAGGAAGGCUUUGCAUCGAGCUGUGCAAUGCACGAGUGACUACCCAGAGCACGUCUGCGAGGUGCUGCUCACGCUGGAGAGAAUAGAAGGAACAUUGGAAGACUGGGAUGCAGCUGUUCAAAAAACAGAGAACAGAUUGGCUCGAGUUAAUGAGCAAAGAGCAAAGGCUGCUGAGAAAGAAGCUGCUCUGGCAAAGCAAGAGGAGGAGAAAGCUGAACAACGAAAGCAGGCUCGGGCAGAAAAGAAAGCUUCCAAAAAGGCUAAAAAAACCAGGAUUGGAGACAAGCGCAAAGCAGACGAUGAUGAUGAGGGUGAAUGGGGACAAGAAGAAGAAGCAGAGCAGCCCAGCAAGAGACACAAGGGAGAUGGCGAUGGUGUACUUCUUGAAGAAGACAUGGAGGUAGAAACUGGGCUGUUUGGAAGAAGUGGACCUGAAAAGCCAGAUCGCCCAGCAAACCAAAAGGAAAAGGCAUCUACCAGUCGAAAAGACGUCCCCAAAGUUUUACAUGACAGCAGUAAAGAUAGCGUCACAGUCUUUGUCAGCAACCUUUCCUACAACAUGGCAGAGCCCGAAGUGAAACUGAAAGAGCUCUUUGAGAGCUGUGGGGAAGUAGCAGAAAUCCGUCCAGUAUUCAGCAACAAGGGGACUUUCCGGGGCUACUGCUAUGUAGAAUUCAAGGAAGAAAAAUCUGCUCUCCAAGCUCUUGGCUUGGAUCGUAAAGUUGUGGAGGGAAGGCCAAUGUUUGUUUCUCCAUGUGUUGACAAGAACAAGAAUCCAGACUUUAAGGUGUUCAGGUAUAGUACUACAUUGGAGAAACAUAAAUUGUUUAUAUCUGGUUUGCCAUUUUCCUGCACUAAGGAAGAGCUGGAAGAUGUGUGUAAAGCACAUGGGAACGUGAAAGACAUUCGGCUCGUCACCAACCGAGCUGGAAAACCCAAGGGCCUGGCCUAUGUGGAAUAUGAAAACGAAGCUCAGGCCUCGCAGGCUGUGCUGAAAAUGGAUGGCCUGACGGUUAAGGAACACGUCAUCAAGGUGGCGAUCAGUAACCCACCUCUCCGAAAGCUGCCGGACAAGCCUGAGGCAGGCAGAGCCUCGCAAUUUGCAGUACCACGACAGGUUUAUGGAGCGCGAGGGAAGGGAAGAACGCAGCUUUCCAUGAUGCCUCGUGCGUUACAGCGCCAGAGUAAUAAUCCUGUGGCUAAGGCUGAGAACGGGAUGGUCCAGAACUCACCAGCACCUUCAUCCGAACCCCCGGAGGAGCCUAAAAAGAUGUCCAAUGCUGAUUUUGCCAAGAUGCUACUGAAAAAGAGUCAGUACAUAAGCAUGGAGUGGUGCUGUAGUAUAUAGAUACCUGCCCCUCUUUUCCUAUCUGCUUGCGUAAAACACGUCCUAACUACCUUGCAGGUAAGGGAGAGUUAGAAGGGAAGAAAAUUUAACACUGGCCUGGGACAGACUAACAGCUUAUGCUGUUUUGCAAAGGGUUUGAGCUUAGCAGCGCUCUAGACUGCGCUGAAUCAAAGCUUUCCAAGCUUAGAGGUGUUGGGGUCAGUUGUGCUGUUGCACAGCUGGCAGGCAGGGGUGUAGGCAGCUAUUCCUUUUACCUCAAAAGCAAAGAUAAGGGAAUGCUGCUUUUAAUUGCACAGCAGCUUCUGGGUUCCAUGCCAACUGCCACUGCAGCACAGAGGCCUCGCAUGAUUCUCAAUGCAUUUACCACAGCAAUAACAUGACCUGGUAAUAAUUGUGAAAAGUUCACUUGUGCAGAUUGAAGAAACUUCAGUUUUGGGGCAGAUGUGCUAUACACAUUCUUACCAAAUUGGCACAACUGAUAAAGGCUGCCCCAUGGUUAUGUACAAUAAUUUUUCUACCCGCAGCUCUGCGAGCCCUUUUCAAACCCUGAACUGAAACGCACGAGGAUGCUCGUGGUUUCCCAGGGAUCCUACUUGUUGAGGCAGGGCCUCAGCACUGAGUAUUCUUCCUCUCUGAAGUGUAGCAAAAGCACCUCGCAGUUGGGUGAAAUAAAUCAGAGAGCAUUCCUUCUCUUGUUCCAGUCACAUCGUCUGUAAUCUUAAACCAAAUACUUCCCCCUUGUUGUACAAAAGUCACCCUGGGAAGGGCGACCGAAAGCAAACAUGCAAAGUGCUACUGAAAACAGCAAUGGGAGGGGAGAGAUGCCUCUGCUGAGCUGGAGUUUAGAUCCCUCCUGAUCAGUACUGUCAGACUUGUAUGACUGACAGGGCAGAGUCUGAUUAACACAGCAGGGAGAGCACUGUUGCUACAGGGGUUGUGUUCUGGGGUUGGUUUGGGGGUUUUUUGAGCCAUGGGGAAGAGGUAGCACAAAAGCAACAACAACUCAGUUAAGACUUUGUCUUGCCUAGCAGCUCUGUGACAGGGUAAGACAAUGCAGCUGCCUGACAGGUGAAGGGCUGUGAUUGAAGCAGCUUCUCAACGCUUAAAAUUAAGGAGAAAUUAAAUUCUUGAGCCCCUCUGACACCUCUCCCCACCUCCUUCCAGUAGCACAAGCAAGUUAUAGUGCACAGUCAACAGCAGCAGUUCACACUUCAGCUUGGCAUAAUGUAUAUAAAUAAGUUAUAUUAAUUUAAUCAAAUGUAAGACACUUUAAAUAAAUGAAA